UUCGGUUGCGUAGUUAGUGAAAACGGUUAUCGUAAUCUCGUAAUAUAAAAAAUGCACAGUAAUUGAGUUAUUUUUACUUAUAUUUGAAUAAAAAUAUAUAUUUAAAGAUGUAUAAAUUCAAAUUACACCUGGAAGUAUGUUCUUAAUGUAUUAAUUAAAAUAAUCUGGCAAUGGUAACACACGAUUAAAUUAAAACAUACAUUUCUCAGAUUGCUGUCAUUUUUGCCGGACGUAGAGCCAAAACUAUUAAUUAAACAAUCUAAUGUUUAUUCCAAUUAAGUAACCGAUAUCAACUUUUGUGCAGAUAAGAUGUAAAUUAUUUGUCUGUUUGCUUUUAUCAAACCGCCAAAGAAAUCAUCUUCAACAGCGGUGAUUUGAUAAGUGAGGUUAAAAUGACUCUGCGGGCGAUUAAAUAUGAUAAUAAUUCGCUAGAGAUCUUGGACCAGCUGCUUUUACCAGCACAAACUAAGUAUAUUCAAGUUAAAGGUGUCGAGGAUGGUUGGAAAGUUAUAAAUAAAAUGCAGGUACGAGGAGCACCUGCCAUAGCUAUAGUAGGAUGUUUAAGUUUAGCAGUUGAAUUGCACAGUGAAAAAUAUGAUUCCAAGAAGCAGAUGAGACAGGAGAUCGAGGGGAAACUCAACUAUUUAGUGUCUUCCAGACCGACUGCUGUUAACAUGAAGAUUGCUGCUGAAGAUCUGAUAGAUUUGGCCAACCAGCUGUGCAAUGAUGAAAAAGUUGAUGUUCAGGAGAUGAAAGCAAAGUUCACAAAGACUAUUGAGGAUAUGUUAGCGAAGGACAUAGCCGACAAUACAGCUAUAGGUGAUUACGGUGCCAAAGAUAUUCUAUCUAGAGUUAGUGGAGAUAACCUCGUACGGAUUUUGACUCACUGCAAUACGGGGUCUUUAGCUACAGCUGGUUACGGUACUGCCCUAGGGGUUGUUCGGACCUUGCACAGCAUGAAAAGACUAGAACACGUAUAUUGCACUGAAACAAGACCCUACAACCAAGGGGCAAGACUGACUGCUUACGAACUAGUUCACGAUAAAAUUCCAGCCACCCUCAUAGUUGAUAGUAUGGUAGCAGCUGUUAUGAAAUUCAGACACAUUAGCGCGGUCGUGGUUGGUGCCGAUAGGGUAGCUGCAAAUGGAGACACUGCCAAUAAAAUAGGAACCUAUCAAAUUGCCGUUCUUGCCAAGUACCACGGCGUGCCUUUCUACGUAGCAGCACCUUUCACGUCUAUCGAUGUAUCUAUACCCAGCGGAGAUCACAUCGUCAUAGAGGAGAGACCUGAUAGAGAAAUGACGCACGUGGGGGAACAUAGAAUAGCUGCGAAAGGUAUUUCAUGCUGGAAUCCCGCUUUUGAUGUCACACCCGCAGCAUUGAUUGAAGGAAUCAUUACUGAGAAGGGCGUAUUCAAACCUGAACAACUUAAGGAACAAUGCACUCAAAAUAAUCAUUAAAUAACGGAUUGCGAGACUUAUUUCAAAAAUAGACAAUAUUAACGGAAAAUUAAUUUUGUAGUAAUGUAUUUCUGAAAAUCGCCGAGCAAGUGAUACAAAAUAUAAGUUAUAUGUAAGAAUGUUAAAGUAAAGUGUGUUUUUUAGAGGUAUAGAACUUUGAGAUGCAAUAAAACAAAGAUGAUUUUUUUUAAAUUGACAUGCAAUUGAUUUUAUUCGAAAGAUAAUCAAUCUUUAGGCAUUAUAAUUUAAAUAUGAUUUCUGGCAUAUUACCGUCACGGCUGAGUCUUAUGUAGUCUAAUCUAGAGGUACAAUUUUUGAUGACUUUUCCAACAUUUGUUAUAUCGGAAAUAUCGCGGCGAAUGUUGUCCUCCAAGUGGUCAAUCGUUUCAAGCUUGUCGGCGUAGAUUAGCUACUUCACAUAUCCCCACGCUCACAGAAAAUAGUCUAGCGGUGUUAAAUCGCACGAUCUUGGAGGCCAAUCCACGGGUCAGAAACGUGAAACUAUGCAGUUACCAAACAUUUCCUUCAAUAAGCCAAUGUGACACGCGCUGUCUGACAUGUCUUGUUGAAACCACAACUUUUUCACAUCAUGGUUGUUCAAAAUCAGUAAUUGUACUAAACCGACUAGUGCUUCUAACGACUAGAACCACUAGUGUUCAGUGUUCUAACAUCCUACUAACUGUAACCUCAUUUAGUCAUUUACCUUACGGCUACGGCUUCCGAAGUCUCAGCAAGUACACGAACCGGUUGACGUCCCCUGCGAUGAGACACCACCUGCAGCAUCCGACACUAUGUUACUGCCCAUAGUGUCACUUAUUGUUCCAAUUCUACACUCUAGACUCUAAAUUAUUAGGAAUUUUAAAGUUUUACGCGCGACCGACAACUUCGGAUAUUUUUAGUCGGUAUUACGCGAACCCGGAUUUCUCUCUCUCCUCGGAUCACUAUUGAAAAGUUCGCACACGAUCGCACUCUUUCCGCAAAGAAUUAACCCAUAACUUAAAAAUUCUCCUCGUUCGCUCGUCGCUCACACACACGCCAACACACACGUAGCUAUGUAUUAUGUAUUAUACCCGUCCACAUACACAACUCACGCGAGUUUAAAGCGUGUCAGUCGCUUCGAGUGAACAUCUCCGGCUCUGUAUCAAGCCUACUUUCGCGCUAAAAAUUACAAAAAAAAGUAUUUUUAAUCUUUGAUUAAAAUUAAACUAAUAUUUGAUAUUCUUUGUGAGUAAUUAGACUAUACCACAGACUCACUUUUAAGCUUUGAAACAUUAAAACAAAUUAUAAACAACGGAGCAAUCGUAUAUUUACUUGCUGUUUCAUAAUUUUUUUGCAAAUGGUUGAAAAAAUUUUUUGAAGCAUUCAUUUUCAAGACCUUUGCAAUACGCAUUUUAAGUAUUUUUUAAAAUUAGAAUAUAAUAAACAAUUUCUGAGAAAUGUUAAUUUGUUUAUAACUAUUUUUUUUAAACAUUUAAAGAUUAUGCAAAAAAUAAAAAAUUUAUAUUUUGUCGACAAAAUAUUAAAUAGGCAUCACAUCUUUAUAAACCUUUUAAGUUUGAUCAAUGUCUCAUGAUUAUUUUGGAUUUUAUUGCGACUGUAAAUUGUUAAUUAACAAUUGAAUUGUUGCUAAAAUAUUCAUUCCAUUUUCACCGGCUUCUGCAGUUAUAAUCUAUACCAAGAAAGCUUUUAUUUUACCAAGUUAUUUAAUUAUUGAAAAAUAAUUACUUGCCCAAAAAAUUUAUUUGAAAAUUCGAGAUUUUGUUGGGAAAACCCACAUUUUCCGAGGAAAAUUUUCGUCGGAGCAAAUCGGGAAAAACAUGCCUAUAUGUAGAAUUAAAUUGGAGUGAAUUUUUAUUUAAGUGUUUUUCGUGUAAAGUUAAAAUCUUCGGAGUUAUCGACCAAUAAUUGAAAAAAACACGAUUUGGGGGCGCCAUUUUGCUAAUAAAAAAAGUAGCACACUAUCUGCGGACUUUGCAUACCUAUAUUAUUAAUAUAUACAGUUGAGUCCGCGAGUCUUUACCCGUGCGUCAUUAAUACCUGGCGAGAUAAAACACAUACUUUUUAUCUAGCAUCAUUCUCUUCCAUGCAUGAAACUCAUGACAAACCAGCUGCCGUUUGUUAUUAAGUAACAACACAUGUUAUUUUUAUGAACCAUCUAGACUCCGUGCAUUGAAAAGAGAUAGGUACAAAAAAGACGAUUCGGUAUGUUUUCAUAUUUUAAGCACAAUUUGUUUGACGUUUCUGAUUUGUUUAAUUUUGUGGCUGUCAGUCAGUUGAACUUUUUGCGGUUUUUGUCGAAUUUUUGCGUUUUGAAGUUUCUUUAUAUUACACAAACAGUUGUUUUCACAACUAAUUUUAUAUUGGGCUUUGAAAUUUUAAGAUAAAUAAUUAUAUUUAGGCAAUUAAUAUUUAAAACAUACAAAGCUAACGUCAUUCACACAGUAAAGAAAUGACUGUGUUUAGAUUUCCGUCAAAGUGAAUAAAAUAACAAAAAUAAAAUAUGUUAUUGGAUUUUUUUAUAAAUUGUUUAUUUAUUUAUUAAUCAAUAAUAAUAAAAGAAUUUAUUAAGCUACUUCAAAUGUAGCUGUAAUUCUGCGCAAAAAUUUUGAAGCAAAACUUACAUUUGACAUUCUAUAUAUUUGAUAACGUCAAAUUUUAUAAUAAAACCCGUAAUCGGAACAGUAGCCACUUUCUGUCAGUUGUUGUUGCGUGAAAUAGAUUUCCGACUUAUUUCGUAUGCUUUAACUGAUGACGCACGGGUAAAGACUCGCGGACUCAACUGUAGGAUCAUAAUAUUCGAUUCCAGCAAUGAAAUUGCUGGUAAAUAACCUUUCUUUGUACUUUACUAAUUAGACCAGCGUAUUAUAACUAUUUUUUUUUCAAAAUUUAAUAUGCAAAAAACGAAAAAUUUAUAUUUCGUCGAUAAAAUAUUAAAUAAGCAUUUCAUCUUUAUAAUCUUUAUAAGUUUGAUCAAUGUGUCAUGAUUAUUUUGGUUGUCAUUGCGAUCGUAAAUUGUGAAUUAACAAUUGAAUUGUUGCUAAAAUAUUCGUUUAAUUUUUACCGGCUUCUGGAAUUACAAUUUAUACCAAGAAAGCUUUGAUGUCACUAAGUUAUUUAAUUAUUGAUUAAUAAUUACUUACCUAAAACUUCAUUUGAAAAUUAGAGUUUUUGUUGGGAAAACCCGCAUUUUCCGAGGAAAAUUUUCGUCGGAGCAAAUCGGGAAAAACAUAUCUCUAUGCAGAAUUUAAUUGCGGUGAAUUUUUAUUUGGGUGUUUUUGUUGUAAUGUUAAAAUCUUCGGAGUUAUAGAGCAAUACUUGAAAAAAUACGAUUUGUCGGCGCCAUUUUGUUUAUAAAAAAAGUAGCACACUAUCUGCGGACUUUGCAUACCUAUAUUAUUAAUAUAUAGGAUCUUAUAAUUCGAUUCCAGCAAUGUAAAUAACUUUUCCAUGAAUUUUGCUAAUUAGCCCAGAGUAUCAAAACUUCAAAUCGUCCUUCCUAGACGGUUGUCACAUCACACUGCCCCGAAAACCAAAAACGUUAAAAAUAAUUCUUCGAAUCUGUUCCUAUCGUCUAUUAAAAGUUUUAACAUCGAAAAGAAAAAUAAACCCAUUAAUAUUUAUCACUGUUCUCAAAAGUGUAACGAAGGUAUCCCGGAGUGGUUCACCCUUAUCGCGUGUCAUAAAAAUUUAAUUACCACCCCAGACGAAAAAAUAUCGGAUUACGCGUAAAGAAUUUGGAAAUCCGACGAAUAACAUAUUAACUUCGUUGACGGCCAUAAAACCAUAGACGUUACAGUAAUCAUGUCUCUAUAGCCAUUACCAUUGACUGUAACGUUCGUACCAGCAUCAUUUUUGAAGAAUUAUUGACCAAUGAUUCUACCAGUAUAUAAAGUACACCACACAGUCAGUUUUUCUGGAUGUAAUGGUGUCUCAACAUACACUUGAGGAUUAUUUUCACUCCAAAUACGGCAGUUUUGUCUAUUGACAUAGCCAUUCAACCAAAAGUGAGCUUCAUCAAAAUUCGCUUAUGAAAAUCGGGAUCAACGGCAAUCUCGUUUUGGGCCCUUUCGCCUUAUCUACGCCUUGCUAGGUAAUCGUGUAGCUUCAAUUCUUGCACGAGUUGGAUUUUGUAUCUUCCAUAAAGUGGAUGGACACAUAAUCAACUGCUGUGCACGAUGACGGAUAUAAUGAUUCGGGUCUUCCUCUAUGUUACGCUAUACAAUAGCAACAACUUCUUCUGUACGACGUCUCUGUGGAUGCGUAUUAUCAAAUCUUGACAUUUCCCAUUAAUUUUGAGGAACCAAAAAAAUAGCGCCAUCUAGCGGUAUGAGUAGUAUGACCAGAGCAAUCUAACCUUACAUUUAUAAAAUUACUUUAUUAUAGACCAUUGACCAUUCCAGGUCACGUGACUUUCGACACCGUUGCUGAGGGGCAAAAAUUGUGUUUUUGGUGUUAUUUUUGCUAUUUUCUCGCUUUAUUAUAAAAAAUAUGUGGUUUUAACUACAAAAAUUUCAAAUAUUGGAUAUAGGACACCCUCGUAUGGGAUGCAAAAACCCGGUAUAAUCAGAAAAUCAGUUUUCUUGGCCCAUAUUGUCGUUGUGUUUACAGUGUAUUAUAAUUAUAGUGAUUUAAAACAUUUCGGCUUUAAAUGCGGCUGGUUUUAUAAAAAAAACUUACUUUAUCUCUUUUACCUUUACUGGAACACUUUCAAACUGAAAACGCUGGUAUUUUAAUCAUAUUCUUAAAUUAAACAAUGGUUUUCUACACCUAACCUAGUUUGAUUACAAUAUUUUCCAAAUGACGUCACCCUGGAAUGGUCUAUUCCAGGGUGACGUCAUUUGACAGCAACUGGAGGGCAAAGAUCUUGUAAACAAAGUAGGUUAAGUGUAGAAAACCAUUGUUUAAUUUAAGAAUAUGAUUAAAAUACCAGCGUUUUGUUCAGUUGUAAAGUGUUCCAGUAAAAGUAAAAGAGAUAAAGUGAUUUUUUUUUAUAAUACCAGCCGCAUUUAAAGACCGAGAUGUUUGAAAUCCCUAUAAUCACAAUGCACUGUAAACAGAACGACGAUAUGGGCCAAUUAAACUGAUUUUCUGAUUAUACCGGAUUUUUGCAUCCUCUAUGAGGGUGUCCUAUAUCUAAUAUUAGAAAUUUUUGUAGUUAAAACCAAAGAUUUUUUAUAAUAAAACGAGAAAAUAGCAAAAAGAACACCAAACACAAAAUGUUUGCCCCUCAGCGACGCUGUCAAAGUCACGUGACCUGGAAUGGUCUAUUGUUUUUGUAUAUGUAAGUGUUUGAACUAUUUUUAUUUUAAUUUAAUUUAGCCAAAUUAGCUCGUUAUUCAAAAAUUUAUAAAAUUAAAUUUGACUGUUUACAUCAAAUUUUACGUUGCCAAACCUUGUUCAACUCAAGCCGACAGUGGCGCUAGUGGCAACGUGCUUCCAGAUUUCUGUGGGAGGGAGUUGGAUGUAUUACAGUCAAUAGUAUUUGGUAUUAUCCUUUAAGGUCGCGGCUAAUUAUCAUGCACGCAUCGUUCCUGGCACGUAGCGUAGUCUCCGAAAAACCUGAUUUUACAAAGACGUGAUACGAUACGUGUGAAUUGUUCAUAUUUAAAACCACUAAAAUCGAUAUUUUUCGGAAACUAAACGCUACGUGCCGGAAACGAUGCGUGCAUGAUAAUCUGCCGCGAGCUUUAGAGUAAACGUGCUGCGAAAACGUUCCAUGGUUAAUCGAAUUAAUUGAUCUGAUAUACGAUUAUGUUGACCAUAAUGUGAUUUUUAAAAUAAAUUUGCACAAUUUGGAAGCGUUUUUCAGGUGUGAGUCUAUUCAUGCUGAAAUGUGAAACCAAAUUAAACAUAAAUCACUUGACAGCUGUCAAAAUGGUCGCCAGUUAAAGUGUUGCCAACUUAUAUUUCUAUACCUCUAAAAAAACAACCUUUCCAUUGUAUUAAUUAACUUGUAACGACUUCUCCUGCAAGUAUUUUGUUAUUAGAAUCGUGUCGUCUGUAUAUAUGAUAUUGUUAACGCUCUUCGUAGAAUCAUCUUCAGGACUUCAGGGAGUCGUCCUAAGAUUCCUAUCCGUUAUGCAAAUAUUACUGUUGUUGCUUGUGCUGACAUGUCGAGGUUUUUACACUAUCAGUGUCAAAUCCGUCAUUGGGUGCCGUCAUAUAGUUUGUUGAAACACUCAAGGUGUGUCAGGUGAUCAUAUAGUACGAUAUUUAUGUUUGUUUUUAUGCUGCAGAUGUAGAUUUGACAGUGAGAGAGAAUUUUGCUUGAGCUGGUUCAUCAAAAGUAACGGAUAGAACUUUGCGGUGAUUUAGAUGGUACUUUCUAAAUCGACACAAGGUAGAAUAUGUAGAUAGAUAAAACAAGAAGAUAGCUGGGUGCUGUCAGAUAUUUUGUUGACACAGUCAGGGUGUUUCUCAAUGCGGACUGCAGAUGAAUUACCAUGCAGCGGAGUUAUUACUUCACCGGUGGGGCUUUAUGAUAAUUUAGGCGGUUCCAUAAUUACCACAAGGUGAACAAUGUUAAAAGAGUAUACCGGUGCCGUCAUUUCUUCUCUAGACUUCCGAGGUAUUCUUCAAUCUCAAUGCCAUUUUUAAAGAUGGUCUGUGAUACGAUAAAUCGAAUUGGAGUCAUAGUUUGGUGUUGUAACAUCAUUGUAUUUGUGUUUAGGAUUUUUACCACUUCUAAUUAUCUAAUUAUCGUUUUGAUUACUCGAAAUAAUAAAAAUUGAGCAUGAGAAGCAGAUAAAUGGCUGGCGAGGGCAUAAAACGAAUAAAUUAUUAUUCGAGAGAGAAAUUAUUAUUGACCUAAAAUUUGAAAAUAUAUGUCUACAGAGGAUUAUAAUGAAAGUAUCUUUCAUUUAUGUCAAUGUUGUGCAGCUUUAAUUGAGUUGUGGUGUAUAUGAUAUAGAAAUUUAAUUAAUUUUGAACACUGUUUUGUGACUGAACAUCCAUUACCAAUGUAUGAAUACACACAAACCUAAAUGAGCGAUUUUCAAGUAUGUACAUUCGAUUCGUUUCACCAGGUUUGGAGCUUACUAUACUUUACUACAGAAAAAAUACUCAACGCCCGAUUAUGUAUGUUUAUGCUUAUUUAAUGUCAUUCCCUAAAUCUAAGAUAUGUUUGUUGAUUUGUAUAUAUAGGUACGAAAUGAGUUGUCGAUUUUCCGCGGAUCUGUUUUUGAAAUAAACUAUCUCUUAUUCUUUUCAUUUUUAAAAUUUAUAUGAAUGUUGUCAGAAAAAUGACGUUGAUUUAUAAGGUUAAUGCAUACUAUGAAUAAAUUUUUUUUAUUAG